AUAAAUAAUUUUUCUUUGAACAGGCUUCCAGAGGACCACAGUGGGUAUGACCGUUCUAGUCACUUUUAUGAAGGUAGGCGAGAUGAGGGCCUUGGGUACAAUGGCCCUGGAGUUGGCCCUCCUGGAAUACGCCGUGCAUACCCCAAUGACCGCGAUCAAGAUUUUCCAACCAGAGGUCGGUUACGGCCUUAUACACGAGGGCCAUAUGGUGGUGGGCGUCCUGAUCAGGCGGACUACCCAUGGGGAAAUAACCAGUAUCGUUAUCUUCACCAAGAUCCAUAUGUCGAGGAAAAAGUGGUGGUGCGUAGAGGGGCCGUACCACCCACCUCGGCAUCUCCACCGCCCCUCCCUCGCCCCGCCGUGUCUCGUACUUCGAGGAUUCAUACUGGAAGCGGCAGCAUAAACAAGCGGCGAGGACCUGCGAGCCGAUCUGGCUCUGAAUCCCGAUCAACCAGUAGAAGCAGCAGCAGCAGCAGCAGUAGUAGUAGUAGUAGCCAUUCAUCUUCCAGUAGCUCAAGGUCACCAUCUCCAAGACGGUUGAGUGUUGGUGGCAUAUCUAGUGGAGGGCUCCUCACUCCUGGUGGUGGGGGGCUUGGCUCACCACAAGAGGAGAAAAGACCAAUUGCCAUCUGUGUGAGGAAUCUCCCACCUUGGUCUACGGAAACAUCAUUACGGGAAGGAUUAUUCCAUGACUACAAGAAACAUGGAAAGGUAAUGGCUGUACGCUUGCUGGGCUCUGGCAAUGAUCGCUUUGCUGUUGUCUGCUUUAAGAAACCAGAAGAUGCUGAGAAGGCUCUAGAUGCCUCACGAGAGAAACUUUUUUUCGGUGUCAAAAUCCAGGUGGCGCCACAUGAAGGAGUGGAAUUAGACGAGAGUGAAUGUAGAGCAUAUGAUGUUGAAGUGGACGAGUACCAUCCAAGAGCAACCCGCACCCUUUUCAUUGGCAACUUGGAAAAGGAUGUAACAAUAGAAGAUCUCAAGAAACAUUUUGAGCAGUUUGGUGACAUCAUAGAGAUUGAUAUCAAGAAGCAAAAUGUAUCAACUUUCGCCUUCUGCCAGUACUCGGACAUCCGAUCAGUGGUACGAGCAAUGAGACAGAUGGACGGAGAGCAUCUGGGGACCAACCGAAUUAAGCUCGGCUUUGGCAAAUCCAUGCCAACUCGUUGUGUCUGGAUUGAUGGUGUCCCGGAAACAAUGGCAGAAAAGCAGCUAUAUGAACAGUUUUCUCGUUUUGGGCCAGUCAUUCAUACCAUCAUUGACAGAGAAAAAGGACAUGCUCUCAUCUUUUAUGAAAUCGAAAAAUAUGCAUCUAGUGCAGUUAUGGAGAUGCGUGGACGGAUGCUAAAUGGCAGAAAGAUUCAAAUUGACUUCGCUUCUCGAGAGUGCCAAGCUGCAUUUUUUGAACAUCUCUCCAAACAAGGCCAUCCAAUACCAGCAGACAGACCGUGGGAACGACGAGAAUUGGAAAAAGAGCCCGGGCGUUAUGAAGGCACGACUAAUAGGUACAGUCGUUACGAGCGUACAAGGAGAGAAGGCGCCCCAUUUCCUGCCAGACCUGCAGCCAACAAUCGAACGACUGCUUACAAUGCGACAGGCACCCGGUCACGAGGGCGAUAUGACAACUAUGAUGAAUUUCCCCCAGUGCGGAGUUAUGACGAAUUUAGUCAAGGAAGUGGGGCAUCUUAUGAAGACUCAUAUGAGCGGGAGCUUCGUGAGUAUGCUGGAAGUCAGAGAUAUGGUGAGGGUGUUGGUAUUGGCACUGGAGGUGGUAGUAACGCUGUAGCUGGAGGUAACCGACGGCAUAGUUUUAGUCCUGCACGUCGACGAGAUGACCCAUCGCCAGGUUCACAGCGUGCACAUUCGAGAGAUCGAAGUAGCCUGAGUCCUCCGGCUCGUGUUCCGUAUGAGGAUGGAGAGUCUGGUAGUCGUCGUACUGCCAGACGUUCCACCAGUGAUCAUGAUAGUUUCCAUAGUCAAUCCCCCCCUGGAUCUCGCGCUGCCUCUCCUCCACCACCGCCACCACGUCCCUCAAAAGGUACUUCAGGAGUUUCUUCUCGUUUAGCUCCCAGAUCACCAGGGACACCUAUAGCUGCAUCACCAUCACGAGAGGUAACACUCCUUGAUGACCGUUCUCUUCCAGACCCUCGUGAUUACAGAAGACGUACAAAUGACCUUAAAGAUCUUGUUGUUCGUGUUAGUGAUGUGCGUCGACAACCCCCAGCACCACCAGAAUCGCCCCACAGGACAGGCACCCAUCGACUACAUCGUUCAUCUCAUACAGAGGAUGGAGAAGAUGUAGUAAGCAGUAGUAGUGGAGGUGCAGGUGGACCUCAGGAUCCUAGACUUUUACACCGUCGAGGUACUGAUGACCCACCUUCUUCCGGUGAUGAGCGACCUCCUGAUCCUGAACGACCUCCAAAGAAACCACGCUAUAAUGAAAUCAGUUACGAAAAGAUAGUUAGUGUUAAGCGAUUGGCUGAUAGUAGUGAUUCAGUACCAAAUUUCCGACGACCACAUGAUGCACGUAGAGAAAACAGAUUAAUACGGCGCAGUGGAGAGACAUUGCCACCACCACCACGCCAUACUGAAGAAGUUCUUCAUGAUCCACGCUAUCGCAGACCUUCUAUAUCAGAGUCUGAUGAUGUUCAUUGGCGACGAGAUGCUGUUCAUGUUUCAUCAUCAUGUGAUGCUGCUGCAGAUCAUAGUGAUACCAGUCCUCCUGGUACCCCUGUCCGUGAUGAGAGGGAUGACUCCUUAGACCCUGUACGUCAUACAUUACACCACCACCACCACCACCAUCACAAUCACCAUCACCACCACCACAGAGAUCGCUACCAUAGUGUUCCACUUUCUCUACCAUUACCUAGAUUUGCACAGCAAGUGCGUGCUCAUUUAUCACCACGGGCAGCAUCAACGUCUCCUAAGGGUGCUAGUCUGCUGCGAUCUCCUCCUUUCAGUGGAGGAGUAAAUGUUGGUGUGCGAGGAGAUUCAAGAGAAGUGAGUGGAGCUGUGGUAGAUACCCCACUAUCUCCUGGUCCACGUGACAGUCCUUCUGACUCUGAAGAAUCACCUCUGCCUUCACCAUGUAGCCCUUCUAUUGAUCUAGAACAGAGAAUACGUGCCCUAGAUGAAAAAUAUGAAAAGUGGUCAGGUUCAUCAAGGGUGGUGGGAAAUAACUUAACAUCAAAUGCAAAUGAAGUAGUGAAUGAUAGUGGAAGUAGUUCAGGAGGUAGUGGAAGUAAAAAUGCACGUCUACCACGGAUACUUGAUCUUGAAGAAUUGCGGUCACAGCCGUCCGAUAUUGUUAAAUCCCUUCUUUCAAAGAGAUCUGUCUUUGAUGAGGAUAGCAAAAGACUAGAAAAUGUUGGUGAUAAAUAUGAGCCUAAGCCAUUCACUUCAGCAUCACGUACUAGCAAAGCUGGAUGUCUUAUACCAAGCCCACCAUUGGUAAACGUGCACGUGCCACGCCUUCCUGCUACCCCACCUGAUGUGCCCUCUGCUACACCUAUCAGUAGUCUACCCGGUGUUAGACUAUCCAGUCAUCAAGUGCAGCAACAGCAACCCAUCACUUCGAGUCCUUCACAAGUUCCUAGGGUGUUUGUUUCUGUCCCGCAGGUCAGUAAGUCUCAGGGAUUGUCACCGCUGCAUAGACCUGCGGUUUCCCAGGCAGUACGCCCACCUGCCUCCAGCCCUGGCUUUAGUCCCGGUGUCAGUCCUGGUGUAAGUCCUGCCCAUCCGCCACACAUGUCUCCGAUAACACCCGUAAGCCCUGCACCGCCAAUCACCACCACCUCUUCCAUUGCUACCGCCACCAAUACUACCUCAGCUGCCACACCACUUAGACGUACCCCCUUGCAACCCCGUGUAGUGCGUCUUGACAUGCCAGUUAUCACAGGAGAUAUGGGAGAAGCGUCGUUUGGAGGGUCAUCAAGUGGAGUGGUGACAGUUGUUGCAGAUACUCGUGUUACAGGUGUGGUGUCGGUAACACAGUCAGUAUCAAGCAGCAAGUCGGUGCUGACCACUACCACCAGCCUCCUGCAGCCACUGUCCAGCCUUGCUGCACGGCCCACUGCAGGAGAACCCGCACCACAUAAUGUACCUGAAAGGAGUGGCAGUUAUGCUCUCCCAUUAUUAGUAAAAGAAGAGCCUCAUUUGGAAGAGGCAGAGGACCCUGUUCUUCAAAGAAUAAAUAGUGAUGAACUCAUAUUAGAUGAUACUAAGACUAAAGAGUUUGUGAGUGAAGUUAAUGAGUGUAAAGAGAUGGUGAUGACUGUUGCUGCAGAACAUAUUAAUUCCCAUAUGAAAGCAGAAUCUGUUAAAAUAGAGGCUAUUAAGGCAGAAAAUAUUAAAGUUGACCCUUUUAAAUUAGAAAAUAUGAAGGCUGAAAUGAUUAAAGUGGAGAAUAUCAAAGUAGAAACAGUGAAAAGUGAAGGAAAUAACAAGGAAGCAACCAAUAACCAUAAACGAAGACACAGCAGUGUUGACAGUGACCCUCGAUGUAAACUCGAUGGUAAAACCUUGGAACCUGACUCUAAACGAAUGAAGUUUGAUGGUGAAGAAGAAAAGAUUUUGCGUGAGAAAGUGAGCAAAGAGCGACGUGAUUCACGUGACACUAGAGAGAAUAAAAAGAGCGAGCGCGAAAAGAAAAGUAGAUGUGGGCGAAGAGAUGAUUUAAGAGAUAGCCACGAUGAAAAGAUCAAUCACAGAACUUUGGAUGUGUUGGAAACCAAGCAAAAAAGAAAAGCUAAUGAACAUAAAGUGGAAGAUAAAAAAGAAGAGUGCCAUAAAAGGGAUGAAAAAAGAGAAAGAAGAAAAGAUAAAUCUGAAGAAAAGCUUCAUGAUGUCAAAUGUGAAGUGCGAACUGUGGACAAAGUUUGUGAGAGGAAAAGUGAGGAUAGGAAAGAAGAAAGGAAAGAUGAUAAAAAGGAAGACAAAAAAGAAGAACGUAAGGAAGACCGGAAAGAAGACAAACAUGAAGAGAGGAAAGAUGAGCGAAGGGAAGAGAGGAAAGACGAGCGAAGGGAGGAGAGGAAAGAAGAAAGACGGGAGGAGAGGAAAGAAGAAAGACGGGAGGAGAGGAAAGAAGAAAGACGGGAGGAGAGGAAAGAAGAAAGACGGGAAGAGAGGAAAGAUGAAAGACGGGAGGAGAGGAAAGAUGAAAGACGGGAGGAGAGGAAAGAUGAAAGACGGGAGGAGAGGAAAGAUGAAAGACGGGAGGAGAGGAAAGAUGAAAGACGAGAGGAGAGGAAAGAAGAAAGACGGGAGGAGAGGAAAGAUGAAAGACGGGAGGAGAGGAAAGAAGAAAGACGAGAGGAGAGGAAAGAAGAAAGACGAGAGGAGAGGAAAGAAGAAAGACGAGAUGGCUUGCGUGAGGAGAAGGUUAAAAGUGAAGGAGAAAAACGAAGACACAGUGAGGACAAGAGAGCUGAACUUAGGGACCAGAAGCACAAAGAUAAAAGGGAAAAAUCCAAAGAUAAAGAAAAACUUAAAGGCUCCUCAACAUCUUCUAGGCAUGAUAAAGAGGCAGAAAAGGAGAGGAUUAGAGAGAGAGAGCGGGAAAAAGACAAGGAAAGAGAAAAGGAACAUGAGAAAGUAGAGGAGAAAGAAAAGGAGAGAGACAAGAAUAUGGAAAAAGAAUGGGAAAAGGGAAAGGAAAAGUCUAUAGAAAAGGCUCUUGAUAGAGAGAAAGCUCUUGAAAAAGAAAGGGAGAAAGCCCCUGAAAAGGAAAGGGAAAAAGCCUUUGAAAGGGAGAAAGCUCUUGAAAAAGAAAGGGAAAAAGCUUUUGAAAGAGAGAGGGAAAAGGCCCUUGAGAGGGAAAAGGCCCUUGAGAGGGAAAAGGCCCUUGAGAGGGAAAAGGCCCUUGAGAGGGAGAAGGCCCUUGAGAGGGAGAAGGCCCUUGAGAGGGAGAAGGCCCUUGAGAGGGAGAAGGCCCUUGAGAGGGAGAAGGCCCUGGAGAGGGAGAAGGCCCUGGAGAGGGAGAAGGCCCUGGAGAGGGAGAAGGCCCUGGAGAGGGAGAAGGCUCUGGAGAGGGAGAAGGCUCUGGAGAGGGAGAAGGCUCUGGAGAGGGAGAAGGCCCUGGAGAGGGAGAAGGCUCUUGAGAGGGAGAAGGCCCUGGAGAGGGAGAAGGCUCUGGAGAGGGAGAAGGCUCUGGAGAGGGAGAAGGCCCUGGAGAGGGAGAAGGCCUUGGAGAAGGAAAGAAAAAAGGCUAAUGAAAAGGAGAGGGAUAAGACAAUUGAGAAGGUUUCAGAGAAGGAGAGAGAGAAAACGGCAGAGAGAGAGAGAGAAAGAGAACGUGAAAAAGACAAAGAAAAGCUCAGAGUUAAUGACAGAACACGUGAGCGAGACAAAGAAAGAAUAGGUAGAAUUAAUCACCGUGAUAAUAAUGAAAGGAUAGACAACAGGCGGGAUGGGCGCCAUAACAAUGAUCGUUAUAAUGACAAACGAAGAGAUUCUAGACAUGAAAAUACUAUCAAACAUCACCACAGAUUGUAUGAAAUGCCUGAUGGUAAUGAUACUACUAAGAACAAGCUUCGUAAAACUCGCUUGCUCGAAACUGACGAAGAUGAAAUUGCAGAAUUAAGUAAAAUGUCGUGCAUUCAUUACUCCAGCAGUGAGGACACUAUAACACCUAAUGAUCCCUGUAUGCAUCAUGCAGAAGAUUCCAUCCAUCGGAUGGAUAAAUCUGACGUACGUGGAGACUCUGAAGAAAGGAGAGGAGAUCGGUUGCGUGAUGGUCGUCGAAGAAAACACGAUUCUGGUAAAAGUGAUAAGAGCGACGGAGAAGCACGAUUAAAAGUUGCAUCCUGUAGAGGUAAGACAAAUCCUCUUCAACCGGCACGAGUAAAAGGUCGUACAGAGUCUCUUGAUCCUCAGUUACUUGCAACUGAUGUAGCAACAUCAGAAGAUGAAAUGAUCAGGGCUAAGGUGACAACAAUUGCCAGGCGUAAUAGCACAAGCAGUAAACCACACCAGCAACAAGGACGAAUUGGAAUGAGUGCAGGCCAGAAGAGUAAACAUGGUAACAAAACAAAGUCAAUAUUUGAUCCAGAAAGUGAUUCUUGUGACAGUUUGACAGCUUCUGGGGCAGAGGCAGAAGAUGGGGAAGAGGAAGAAGUGCCUAAAAAGCACUCCAUAUUUGACAUUCCAGCUGAUGACGGUAAAUACGACAUGUAUGAUAAGGUGAAAGCAAGAAGACUAAAACGUCAACAAAAGCAGGAAGAGGAGAGAAGACAACAAGAAUUAAAACAAUUACAGAUACAAAAGUAUCGUCAGCACCAGCGAGCUAAAAAGGAAAAGAAAGCAAUACCACCUGUUCAUUCAGAUAUCUCAGAUUCCGAAGAUGAAGGGGAUGGUAACAGUCGAGGGCAAAAGCGUGGACAUAAUCGACACACUAGUUCAGAUGAUGAUGCUCUGCGUAAGCGUCGCCCUAUGCAUCUCUCAUCAGAUGAAACUGAUGAUGAUGUCUGUUUAAGGCAGGAUAAGAAAAAAGUUGCACCAAUACCUAUUGGUAAAAAGGAAGCAAAAAAUAAAAAUAAAAAUUUGAUUGUAUCUGAUGUCACCACCGAUGAAGAAGUUAUAAAUUCACCAAGAUUUCUUACUAGUAUCAUACAGAAUAGUAUACCUGAUGUUACAGAACCUACAAAUAUUGUUAGAGGACAUGGAGAUCAUCUUUUUAUUGACUCUGAUACUGAAAGUGAUGCAAAUUGUAAAAGAGCAAGCAAGACAUUGCGACAACUUGAAUCUGAAAGUGAGGUGUCGGAUGUUUCAUCAUACACGAAGCCACCCAAACCAGCUGCUAGAGUAAAGGUACGCGAUAAAGAACGUAAACCUGCUCGCAUUAGAGAGAAGCCCAAAAAAGGUAAUACCAUUAGUAAAGAAAUAAUUACAACCUCAGAAGAGAGCGAUGCAAUUGCUCCUUUGGAAGACUCCCGUUCUGUUCGCCCAAAAGUGAAAGCUGAAUUAUGUGAAGUACGACAAGAAAAGCCAGUUUUACAGCCACAGAGGGAAAGAAAACGAACUGGCGAAAGUGGAAUAACUAGAGAUAAGAUAUCUUCAAAGAAAGAUGAUAGAAUGGAGAUAAUAUUUGGUCAUAUAUCGGAUGACUCAGAUCCAACUCCUAAUUUGCCUUGUAUCUGUCCUGCCUCUGCAACUUCAAAAAGAAAGGGAUCUGCUUCUUCAGGAACCUCUAUAGCCCCACCACCAUUAUCUCCUGCACCGACAAGACUUACUGUGUGUGAAGUUUAUGACACUGACUCUGAUGAUACACAUGGGCCUCCUGCACCAAAUUCAUCAAGACUUAGUCAUAUCCGAACUAAACAAGCUUCUCAAGAUACCUCAUGGUUAGAAUUAAAAAGUGAAACUAAAGUGGAAACAAAGAUUAAACCCGAGAGUAGAGUAGACGAGCGACGAAGUUUGAAAAAAGAAAAAUUCCGCCGUGAACCAUUUCCACUGUCUGAGGAUGUUAAAGUGAUUUGUGAUUUAGAGAAAAAGAGUAAUAGUGGCAUUAAUAGUAACAAUGUACCUAGUGCUAGUAUCAGUGCUGACAAUAAUAAAGAUCAAGAACUAUCACUGACAGAUGUCCUGCAUUCAACAGAAGCAGAGAAAGAUGAUCAUGAGUAUUUGAAUACCGAACCCAGAGUUACCAUGGAUACCUUUCAUGUCACUGAUGAGGAUCCAGGUGAGCAACGUGACUCACGUAAGGAUAAGAAGAAAAAGAAAAGGCAAAAACGGGAGAAAGAUGGAAGCCGUGGCCGGCGUCGCCGUCAUCAUCCUGGUGAUGAUCAUAUUUCUGAGCAUCAAAAUGACAGUCAUGUUAUUGACUCUUCAUCAGUGUUGCACAUAGAUACCCUUUCUCCAAACAAUCCUCAUGAAUUGCCUUCACCAUGUCAUCUUAGCCCUCAGGACAAAAUAACUGAAGCUCAUGAAGCACCAACACCUGUCAGUUCACAUAGUCCACAAAUAAUGACUCAAUCUUCGGAAUCAGUAUGCAACUCAACAGAUACCUGCAUUCCUUGUAGCCCUCUUGAGCCACCUCCACAACAAAGUCUACCUGCGUGGAGCUUAUCUCGUGACUCGAGGGAAUCUGUCGAGUCCAGGGAGGGUAGUGAAUCAUCUGAAAUGAAAGAGGCCCGAAGUCCACACCCACUAACCACGCUUCCUCCAGAUGCAGCAGAGUCAGCAGUCCAGUCUCUCUCAUCGCAUGUGCCAUCAUCAUCACCCUCCACGACACAUGAACCAAUAUUUGAGGAUAUAACUGAAGCAUCAAAUCUUAGUGGUCCAGACACCUCUGUUGAUCCCAAUGCUACUUCUAGUGGAAGUGGCUCAGGAAAGGCAUCUAGAGCUGUAAUUUCUCAAGAAGAAACUCUGAAUGCUGUUGCUGGACUUCUGGCAUGUUAUGAUGAAUACAGUGAUGCUGCUGCUACUGCUGUACAACCAAAUGUUGAGGAGACACUACUUCCUCCUGAAGCUUCUGUAGCUGCUGAGGAUGCUUUUGAAGAAGCUCAAAAAGCUGCUCAAAUGUUACAGUGUGAGAUGCCAGGAGAGAGAGAUGAUGCUUGGCAACAGCAACCACCUCAUAAUCCCCCAUCUACUCCUGUCAAAGUUGCAGAAGAGCCAGAAUCACAACCAGUGGUACCACGAGAGGAGGAGGAGGAUGAGGAGGAGGAGGAAGAGCAGCAGCAGCAAGAGCAGCAGGAACCAGAGGCAGAAGGUAGAAGAUUUUCUCAAGUAUCACCUGAUAGUCCAGCAUCUAUACAGUCAGAGCCAGAAUUACAAAUUGAUGAAGACCAACCUGACCCUACUGAUGAUCUGGAUUCAUCCACAGUAACUCAUGAAGAGGAAAGAGCACAUCGCCACACACAUGAAGAAAGUGAUGUUUCGGCUAAUAGUUCAUCAUGGUCGAGUACGACUGAAAAAUCAGGAAGGCCUACAAUAGAAUCCUUAUCAACACGAUCCAAAGCAGAUGAUGCUCGUAAUGAUAAACUUGUUCAUAAAUCAGAUGAGACAGAAAAGACAGAGCUUAAACAGAAACCAAAAUCAGAAAGGCCUACUCAACCAAUACCAAGUCCACCUUCCAAAACUUCCCUGGAAAAAGUUAGCCAGCCAGCUGUGACUUUAUCUGAAAUUUGUGUUGAGAGAUCACAAGCGUCUGUAACUUCAAGCAAUGUUACAGCCUCUGCAAAGUGUACUGUAUCUUCCGUAAAAACUCCCAUGUUGCCAUCACCUCUUCCUUUGAAGCCAAGAAUGGCUCCUUUGAAGCAAACAUCUAUAAAAUGUUCACCAACUCGAGUAAAAUCCACAUCUGUUGUAGAGAAGCCUAUAACACUGCCACAGGAGGCAGUUGCCUUGAUUCCUUUGAAGUCUGAUGCCAUGCCUGCAAAAGUUUCAUGCCCUGAAAAACGUUCUUGUAUAUCAGCAACUUCACCAACACAUUCGUUAGAAGUUAAUGCAAAACAUAAAACAGAUAGAGUAAAUACAACAGUUUCAUCUUUAACUUCUCUGACGGUUCAGUCCUGUCCAGUAGAUGGCGCUUUAAAGUCAAAGUUGAAUUGUCAGAUUGAAACUAAAGGAAAUAUUCAAACUACAGUUUCUUCUCUAACAGUAUCAAAUUCUGCUUCUGUAAAAUCUGUCUGUGCUCCACUGAAUUCUUCAGUGUCUUCAGUUUCUGCUGCAGCAACAUCAGUAUCCACUGUUGUCCCUAAACAAGUGUCCCCUUCAGUAUCCUCCCCCGUUUCAGUGACUAGUCCAUCUUCAGUGUCCACCAUGGCAGCAGUUACAUCAUCUUUAUCUACUUCAAUGCCUGUGUACACUACAGCUUCCAUUCCAUCCCCCAUUUCUACAUCUGUUGCAUCUUCCACUUGCAAUUCCAGUCUGACUACCACAUCGAUACAUACCACUGCUCCUGUUCUAACCACUACGUCAGUUCAGAAAACCACUUCAUUAAUACCUACACCUGUACGAGUGUCCACUUCAGUACCUUGUACCACCUCGCUCCUCACUUCUAAUGUAUUAUCUACUUCCACCUCAGCUCCCACUCUCACCUCAGCGUCCACUCUCUCCUCGGCUCCCACUCUCACCUCGGCUCCCACUCUCGCCUCAGCUCCCACUUCGACCCCCACUCCCACUUCGACCCCCACUCCCACUUCGACCCCCACUCCCACUUCGACCCCCAUUCCCACUUCGGCCCCCACUCUCACUUCAGCCCCCACUCUCACUUCGGCCCCCACUCUCACUUCGGCCCCCACUCUCACUUCGGCCCCCACUCUCACUUCGGCCCCCACUCUCACUUCGGCCCCCACUCUCACUUCGGCCCCCACUCUCACUUCGGCCCCCACUCUCACUUCGGCCCCCACUCUCACUUCGGCCCCCACUCUCACUUCGGCCCCCACUCUCACUUCGGCCCCCACUCUCACUUCGGCCCCCACUCCCACUUCGGGCCCCACUCCCACUUCGGCCCCCACUCCCACUUCGGCCCCCACUCCCACUUCGGCCCCCACUCUCACCUCUGCCCCCACUCGCGCCUCAGCCCCCACUCUCUCCUCGGCACCCACUCUCUCCUCGGCACCCACUCUCUCCUCGGCACCCACUCUCUCCUCGGCACCCACUCACUCCUCGGCACCCACUCUCUCCUCGGCACCCACUCUCUCCUCGGCACCCACUCUCUCCUCGGCACCCACUCUCUCCUCGGCACCCACUCUCUCCUCGGCACCCACUCUCUCCUCGGCACCCACUCUCUCCUCGGCACCCACUCUCUCCUCGGCACCCACUCUCUCCUCGGCACCCACUCUCUCCUCGGCACCCACUCUCUCCUCGGCACCCACUCUCUCCUCGGCACCCACUCUCUCCUCGGCCCCCACUCUCUCCUCGGCCCCCACUCUCUCCUCGGCCCCCACUCUCUCCUCGGCCCCCACUCUCUCCUCGGCCCCCACUCUCUCCUCGGCCCCCACUCUCUCCUCGGCCCCCACUCUCACCUCGGCCCCCACUCUCACCUCGGCCCCCACUCUCACCUCGGCCCCCACUCUCACCUCGGCGCCCACUCGCACCUCGGCGCCCACUCGCUCCUCAGCGCCCACUCGCUCCUCAGCGCCCACUCUCUCCUCAGCACCCAGUUUCUCCUUGGCCCCCACUUGCUCCUCGGCACCCACUCGCUCCACGGCACCCACUCGAACCUCAGCACCCACUCUUACUUCAACUACUAAUGUAUUGUCUACUCCGACAACAAUACCCAGACUCGCUUCAUCUGCUAAUGUAUUGUUAACUCCGACAGCAAUACCUAGACUCGCUCCAACUACUAAUGUAUUGUCAACUCCGAUAACAAUACCCAGACUCGCUUCAACUGCUAAUGUGUUGUCAACUCCGACAAAAAUACCCAAGCUCACUUCAACUGCUACUGUCUUGUCAACUCCCACAACAAUACCCAGACUCGCUUUAGCUGCUAAUGUAUUGUCAACUCCGACAACAAUACUACCCACUUCCAUUUCUACUUGCACUCGCACUUUCCCUUCGACUAUUAAUAUUUUACCAAUUUCCUCUUCAACUUCCACUCUCACGUCAGCACCUACUCUCACUUCAGCAACUACUCUCACUUCAGCAACUACUCUCACUUCAGCAACUACUCUCACUUCAGCAACUACUCUCACUUCAGCAACUACUCUCACUUCAGCAACUACUCUCACUUCAGCAACUACUCUCACUUCAGCGCCUACUCUCACUUCAGCGCCUACUCUCACUUCAGCGCCUACUCUCACUUCAGCGCCUACUCUCACUUCAGCGCCUACUCUCACUUCAGCGCCUACUCUCACUUCAGCGCCUACUCUCACUUCAGCGCCUACUCUCACUUCAGCGCCUACUCUCACUUCAGCGCCUACUCUCACUUCAUCGCCUACUCUCACUUCAUCGCCUACUCUCACUUCAGCGCCUACUCUCACUUCAUCUCCUAUUCUCACUUCAGCACCUACUCUCACUUCAGCACCUACUCUCACUUCAGCACCUACUCUCACUUCAGCACCUACUCUCACUUCAGCACCUACUCUCACUUCAGCAGCUCCUCUCACUUCAGCAGCUCCUCUCACUUCAGCAGCUCCUCUCACUUCAGCACCUGCUCGCACUUCAGCACCUGCUCGCACUUCAGCACCUGCUCGCACUUCAGCACCUGCUCGCACUUCAGCACCUGCUCUCCCUUCAGCACCUGCUCUCACUUCAGCACCUGCUCUCACUUCAGCGCCUGCUCUCACUUCAGCGCCUACUCUCACUUCAGCACCUUCUCGCACUUUAGCGCCUACUCUCACUUCAGCGCCUACUCUCACUUCAGCGCCUGCGCGCACUUCAGCGCCUGCUCUCACUUCAGCGCCUGUUCUCACUUCAGCGCCUGUUCUCACUUCAGCGCUUACUCUCACUUCGGCGCCUGCUCUCACUUCGGCGCCUGCUCUCACUUCAGCGCCUGCUCUCACUUCAGCGCCUACUCUCACUUCAGCGCCUGCUCUCACUUCAGCGCCUACUCUCACUUCAGCACCUACUCUCACUUCAGCGCCUGCUCUCACUUCAGCACCUACUCCCACUUCAGCGCCUACUCUCACUACAUCUACUAAUGCUCUAUCAACUUUAACCUCAGUAUCCUCUUUCACUUCAGCUUCUAAUUUAUUAUCAACUUCCACUUCAACUUCCAUUUGCACUUUAGCACCAACUCUCAUUUCAAAUGCUAAUGUAUUAUCAUUGUCCACAUCAGCCAUGGUAUCCACUUUACCUUCAGCUACUAAGACAUCCCAAGCACCUCUUGUUUUGUCAACAUCAUUACCCGUAUCUGUACCAGAUAAGUCUACAUUUAUCCCCAAAACCUCUUCCCUCUCUGUUUCUACCUUGGUACCUGUUCCUAUUACUGCACCUGUUCCUUCUUCAGUGCCCAUUCCAGCAACAGAACCAAAAACUGCUACAGAACCAAUAGAAAUUAUUGACACUAAACUUAACUUAAGUAAAACAAUAAAAGAAGAAUGCUCACCUAAUGUUAAUAAGGGCAUGAAGCCUUUCAUUCAUGAAUCAGUAACAGCUGAUAUUCAUAAAGCUGUUGACAUAAAAUGCAAUAUAGAUUCACAGAUAUGUCCAGAUGUGAAAGUAAAGGAAGAGACUAGAUUACCAUCUGAGGAUAGUUCAUGUGUGGAGUGCAAACAAGGACUUGAGGGCAAGGUUCCUAACAAUACAGUACAUACAUGUGAAGCAGUUAAAGUUGAUGGUGUUAGUAACCCUAUGACAGUGGAGCAUGUAUUAGCUAAUCUUCAAACAAUUGUCAGCGAGACUGCCACUCAACCCGAUUUGGAGAGAGCUUCUCAACCAAAUGCAGAGGAGUCGUCUUUAUGUAUGAACCAGAAGACAAGUUCUGAAGUAAUAUCUUCAAAACCAUGUUUGCUCUCUCGUCCUUUGGAUGACUUGGCAAAGCUAGAGCAAGUAUGUUCAGAGAUACAAAAUCAGAAUGAAAAUAUUUCAUUGGAAGAAAAGAAUGCAAAACAAAACAUUGAUUGUCUGUCUGAAAACAUUCCCCAAAAUGAUUCAAAAAUAGAAGAAUGCGCUCUCAUAACAUCUCGAGGUAGAGGGCGAGGACGUGGCCGACGAGGUGGAAGACGGCCCCCUGAGGCUGUAGAAGAAACCUCUGACUCUGUGCAACCUUUAACCAGAUCUGGUGCCACAACUAGAGGAAAGGGUCGAGGCAGAGGGCGCCAGACUCGUAAUAAUGAAAUCCAAAAGGAUGUACUUCAGACAGAUAUAUCUGUAAUUCCAACUGUAGACAAAACUUUGCCUGAACCCAGACGAAGCAGUCGAACAAAACGUGCUCGGCGACAUCCAGAUAUGGUGGAUCAUGAGGAAACAAGUGGUCGUCGGCGCCGUGGCCGUGGUGGUCGUACAAAUCAGGCCGAAGAAAGUCGCCCGUUACCAACACCAAUUGCUUCAGAUGUUUAUGAUUUCCAUGAGUCUGAAGAUGAAGAUAUUAAUUUAGGGUUAGCUAAAACUAAAAUAAAAAAGGACUCGACUAGAACAGUUGCAGGCCGAAGUCCAAUUAAACCCGAAUUGGAAGAAACUCGCCGAGUGGAUACUACUGAUGAUCGUCCUAUAGCACCAAUUACACGACGAUCAGGUCGGCUUCGUGAUAAGGUACCCGAGGAUGAAUUGCAAGGUUUAGGUGUAAUCGAUGAAGGCAGUAAUAGUGAACCAAUUAUUGUGUUGGAUAGUACAGAUCCUUUACUUAUUACUGCUACAACAACAACUUUACCUGGUACAUUGCCUACAGCUAUUGUGUCCACACUUCAGCCUGUGUCUAUUCGAGGUCGAGGUCGUGGUAAACAACGUGAUGUUGACGUUAAACGUGAUAUUGAUGCCGAGGAGGAAGCAUCAAUACGCAAGAGCCCACGUGGCCGUCCACGCUCGUUCGAUUCACAGUUAGAUGUUGACAAACCCUUUCUGGGCAUUACCCAAUCCAUAUCCCCAAUCACAACAACAACUGUAUCAAGUGUUUCCACCAUAGUCACAAGUGCAGUUACAACCAGUACAACUCCAUUGGUGGUGUCAUGCGUUGAGGAACGGAAGUCUGAAGCAGAACUGGUAGAUCCAGUAACUGGUGUUGUUACUCGAGUGAAGGUCUGUGAAGAAGGUCAGUAUGUCACUGAUAGUGGUGAAACCACUGUAAUUCCUCCCACACUACAUUCUUUAACUACUGCAGAACACCUAUCUAAGCAGCAGAUUGUUCCUGUAUCAGUUUGCACUGGUAGCAAAACUAUUUCUAGUGCAAGUUCUGUAAUAAACAGCAGCAGUAUUGCUGAUGUCACUCAUACAGCAACUCUUACCAACAGAUGUCGAGCAGGUGUGACUUUAGCCGUUACUAAGACCAGUAGUAUUAGUGUUCCAUUGAUGAAUGUGGGUCGUGUAGGAGAGGUGAGCGUGGAACUAGUCCCCAGAGUUCGCCCUCCUGUCUCAGUCCCCGCACAGAUUUCAGCAAGUAUUCCUACUAUUGUACCUACCAUAUCUACUGCCAUACCACCUUCCUUACCAUGUACUCUGACUCCUACUCAAGCGCCGCCAGUUCGUAGUGCUGUACCUGCCGUUGUCACGUUAGGGGGAGCACCACGACCUGCUAUAACUGCACCAGUUUUCAUCACCAAACAAAAACCGGUACAGCUGCAGAAUCAGCAGCAACAUACACAGAUUCAACAACCACUUCAGCAGCAGCAACAGCUGCAACAGCAACAGCAGCUGCAACAGCAACAGCAGCUGCAACAGCAGCAGCAGCAGAUACAGCAGCAGCAGAUGCAGCAGCAGAUGCAGCAGCAGCAGCAGAUGCAGCAGCAGCAGAUGCAGCAGCAGCAGCAGAUACAGCAGCAGCAGCAGCUACAACAGCAGCAGCAGCUACAGCAGCAACAGCAGCUACAGCAGCAGCAGCAGCAGCAGCAGCAGCAGCAGAUGCCCCAGCAACAGUUACAACAAAAGCAGGUGCAACAACACCAAGUACAGCAACAAGCACAGCAAGCUCAGCAACCACCACAAUCAAAGAUUAAGACAUUGGGAGUGGCGUCGUCACCUGCAGCCAUACCUGCAGGAAAUCAUGUGCGCAAGUUGAGUGUGACGGUGCCAAGUUCUGCAUACUACCCACCCAAAUCAUUAGUCUCCACCACUGGAGUGAGUUUGAAUCAGCCAGUUUGUCGUUCAGCUGUGGUGCCUAAAACAAAUGCAUCCACUAACCAGCCACAACCUUCUGACCUUGUGAUGGAAGGGCGCCCACUUCCUGGUGCUCCUGCAGUUCCCUACGAGCCCACUCAUUCCAGAGUUGCUCCUGCAGCUGCCGUCGAGGAUAAUGCAGGCCAUCAUAGAGUCUUUAUGGAUGAGCAAAGGACAGCUCAUGGGGAGUUUAUUGGAAUGAACAUGCAUCCACGUUACCCUAACCCACGUUUCUUGGAACCGCCUCGUGUAGAAGUUGCCAGGUUGCCUGGUUCUUCACCUUCGACACCUUCACCAGCUGGGCGGUCACUGGAGCCUGAGCCACAUCCUCCUACCCAUCAUUCAACUAUUCCAGGAUAUGAUAUGCAUGCUGCUGCUGCUGGUGCUGCUGCUGCCCACAGUCACAGUGCGGCUGUCCCCAUGCCUGCCUCCUCUGUCUCAGGUGCCCCCAAGGCUGGCCUGGCUCACUACUACCAUGCAGGGGAUGUAGGAGAGUACCAGCACCAGCCUGUGGCUCUCCACCAUCCCCACCACCCAUCCCAGAUCAAUACCAGUGGUGGUGGUGGUGGGGCUGGUAGCAGCAGCAGUAGUGGUGGUGGUGGUGGUAGUGGUGGUGGUACUGGUGUUGGUGGUGGAGAACGCUACCUUACCUCCCCACCGUUGUCCACCCCUCCCUCUGCUCACACUCCCCCUCCUGCCCACCAGCACACGCUGCAGGUCAGUGUCCUUGCAUCCCCCUCUCCAAUUAUGCUUAUCCUGUCUUGUUAAAAUGUCAUAUCUAAC